AUGGCGGGAAUAAAGCGCGGCCACGACGUCCUCGAAGACGGCGAAGGUAUCGAAUUCCCAGCUCCGAAGAUCCAGAGGGUCGCAAUACGCCUCCAGGUAGUCAAAGGCACUAGCCUCCGCUUCGGCAAGCUACCAGACGGCACCAAGAUCUUGAGAGGCAUCUCCACAUUGGAUCAGAAGAUGUGGGACGUGCUGUGUCCCCCAACUGGCGACCGGCUGGAUCCAGACAUAAACGUACACUUUGAGAAGGGCAUACUCAAAGGAUGGGGCACCCCGAUGGAAGAAGCUGCCUUUCAGCAGCUUCCCGAAAAGGCCUCUCGGGAGGCAGACGAUGAUGCCGUUGUUAAGGAUCCGGCACCUCCGAAACAGCACACCACAAUUGAUCUGACGGGAGACGACGAUGACGACGCAGAAAGCGCGAAGUGGGCAGCCGUAGUCUGGCAAAAGCCAUCAUUCCCCCCUGCGCUGAAGGAAGAGCCGCCGACACCACAAUCUCUAGGUUUCGACCAGCCCGUACCAGCCCCGUUCUCACACAACGUAACACAACUGCCGAUUCAGCCGUCGAACGUCUCAAUACCUCAGCCCACCUCUCAUGUUUCUCGGCCUGCCUCUUACAACCCUUUUCCCCCUCACAACAACAUCCCCAGCCUGAUAGGAGCACCCUGGGUCCCCGCCGACCCCACAAACCCCUGGCUGCGGCAAGACGGACGCUAUCUCUGCAAGCACAUGACGCCCAUGACGCCCUCGACCUUCGAGCCCUCCUGCGCCCAAGGAUACUGUGCAGGCCACGAAGAGUCACCCUGGAACAACGAUUUGAGCCUCCAAACCGUUUUCUGCUGCCGAGAAGGGCGAAGAGAAGCGCAAGUGGGGCUACCGCCAGACCCUCACGACCCUUCCAGAAGAAUCGACGGCCGGUACAGGUGCGGCCACCAGACCUCAACUGCUCGAGGCGGUCCGGCGGCGGCGUGCUUGAGGGCCUCAUGCGCACACAGGAGCUGUUGCUGGUACGGGAAUGAUACCAAACCGGUUAAACGUAAGCCCAGAAAGAGGUCCGUUGCUUCGCAGGCACAGUCCGCGGCACCGGUUCCGGCACCUGGUGCUAGUCAAGGUCCUCUUGGAGGCGGUUACACGUUCACGGAUGCCGAGUUCGACGCUAUGUUGAACGUGGCGAUUACCUCCACCGCUCCCGCGCCCAGCGCAAGGGGUCCCCAGAGCCUUGUUGACGAUGCUCUGCAAGCCCAGAUAGACGCGGAUCUGGCGUUCCUGGAAGAGCCGCUGUAG